AUGACCGCCAACACUCCUGCGUGUGUAGACGAGGAGGGGUCAGCCAGCAACGACGUGGGAUGCCCGGCCGAUCCGCAUGGGUUUCGCCGUUACCUAAAAAUCGAGGCGCGUAUUCCUGCGGAGAGUGAGUACACUGCACCUACGCGGACCGAAACAUACAGGUACACCACGGUCCCCACCGCUACAGGUGCUCCUGAUGCGUCUGCAUGUGGGAUAAUUGGUAGGACUAGCAAAACCAACACUUAUAUUGUUGUGUGCGCUCGGAGCCGGACAAACGCGGGUUCCGCCCUGCCAAGCCUCCGCUGUCAGCGGAAAGUGAAUGCAACGGCUGGCCGCCACGUGACAGCAUGCUUUGUCACUGCCAAGCAGCAACUCAGCUCGGAUAAAACCGUGGCUGUUCUCUCCCGGAGCACCUUUUCAUACUAUCAAGACAAUCCGGGUGCAGCAGACCACGGUCGCCUCAAGACGCAAGAGUCCCGGCAUCUCGACCAGUUCCCCAUCAUACAAACAUGGCAGUAUGAGGCUCUCGAUGACGGGAGCAGAUUGGCGAAUAUCACCAACAUUACGACUUGGGGCGACCUGUCAAUCCAGGAAAAGACCGUCUACUGCAGUAUAACCGGGCGUACUCUACAGCAUACCAACAAGGCAGGCGUGGAAGAGCAAUUCGAUUACAAUAUGCUCGAGCAGAUCUGGAAAACAACCACCUCACCCAACACGGAUUUUGAGACCGUUCGCGUGCACGAGUAUGCUGUGCUUGGGGAGGGCUUGGGAACUGAAGUCUCUGUGACCGAUGCCAACGGAGUCAAGACACGUUAUACGCGUAACUACAAUGCUCAAGGUCAAUUCUCCGAGGUAACGACCAUCGACUGGCUAACGACGGACGGGGACAAUCCCGCGACAUGCGAGAUGCAGCAACGCCUCGAGUUUGACGAUUGGGGCCAACACUGCAAGACUACCGACAACAGCGGACGAGUCACCAUUUCCAUCACCGACCCGAUUGACCAGUGCACCACGAUUGGUGUCGAAGGAGAAGGGACCAUGACCACCUGGCACAAUCUGGCGGGGCUGCCGACACGGACCCUAUUCCGUAAAGCGGAUGGAACAGACUACAGCGCAAAGGUAUCCAGCUAUGACGGACUGUAUCGUCUCGUCCGGGAGCAAGAUCCACUUGGACGAGUCACUGAGUACGCGUCCGACAGCUUUGACCGCAUUACGGACACCACCUGGCUGCCUGGCGGCCGGACGACCACCACGACCAACACCGACCAAAGCUCAACAGAGCUACCGUGCAAGGUCGUCUUAAACCGGCAGUCCGUUGUGGGAGAACAGCGGUUUGACGGAUUAGGGCGAAUGAAGGUGCGAAGCGUUGGGCCACGCGUCACCUCACAGAACUACAACGGCAACACCCCCGAGCCUAGUGAAAUCUCGGAUUCUCAAGGGGAUGUCGUCUACAUGGAGUACGAGCCAGCGUUACACUACGCUCCUAAAACUGUCACUUGGAAGGAGAGUACAGAUACGAUUGUAUAUGACCCCAAGGUCGGCAAGCCCGCUGAGCUCGGGGGAACAUAUUGCACGGUCACCCAGACCUAUGAUGCCGUGUCUUAUCCGUGGAAGGAGACCUUUGAGAUCUACGACGGGUCCAUGGAGAACGACGAGUGUGGGAGACUGAGUGUUCAGAAUCAAGGGGACUCCGAGGUGGCAUUUACUUAUGACACAGCGAGUCGUUUGGCAGUGUACCAGAUCCAAGAUCAGAAGGCAGAACUCAUGGUAUCGUCGGAAUUGACAUACGAUGACUUUGGCCGAGAAACAGCACGCACGGUGAAGAGAGGGGAGGAGGUCCUCUUAACCAUAAUACAGGAGUUCAAUACACUAGGAUUGAUUGAGUCACGGUCAAUGCAAGAUGGACAAGCCUCCAUUCUGCGCAGCGAAGGAUUCGAGUACGAUGAUUACAACCAUCUCAUGUAUUACGAGUGCUCUGGGCCGCAAGCGCCCGCUGACGAACAAGGAAGACUCCUGCAAUCGCAGUCUUUCACCUUUGACGACUUUGAUAAUAUCACCAACAAGACGACGGUAUGUCAAGGAGACCAGGGACAGAACGUGACUACGUAUCAGUAUAGCUUGUGGACUAAUGGCCUGGGGGUGCCGGGUAGCCGCAGUGUCGACAUGUUUGAGGUGCGCCUCAAAGGUGAGGUGUUGGUCGAGAAUGACUCCAACGAACUGGGCUGUCGCGCCGUCCCCAAAGGUGGUGGUUCGGCCCCCCAGGCCCCGCCCUGGGAGGUGGAAGUGAAUGAGCGGGAACUUCGAUGGUUGCUAUAA